UUGAAUGUUUUGCUCCAGGGCACACCAAACCACAAUGCCCCCUUGUUGCUCCAAAGUCUUCACCUUCCCAGUCUCAGGGAAACUGAGUGACCUGUAUUUGGAGGGGGGCAGUACGGGUCUCGGAUUAUACUCCCAUUUUGAUAAUCAAUCUAACGCAGAAACUGUCUACUCCUCUGCAUUGGAGUCAAAUUCUAGUCAUGAAACUGUUGUGUACCAAAACAUCCACAAAAUAGGCAGCAGUGACAGCCUCUUUUACACACCUGUGACUAUUGGUGGUUUAGUGAAGUUGGGUGGAAUGCUGGAUAGCGGUUCUAUGGCAUGCAGCAUUAAUGAGAGUACAGUUCAGAAACUGAGAGAGGCUGGUGCUCUUACUGAUGAUAGACAGUUAAGUGUGGAUGUGGUUCUGGUUGGAUGCGGUGGACUUCGUGUUAGACCAAAGUGUGCUUUUGAGUUGGACAUGGAAAUCUACGGAUGUAGAAUGUUGGUCCCUACCCUCGUGGUCCAGGGUCAACAUGAUGACCUCAUUCUUGGAGCUAAUGUCAUAAAGCACAUUUUGCAAAAGUCAAAGAAAUGUGAUUCUUAUUGGCAGACAGUGUCCAGUUCCGGUUCUUCUACAGACCCCGAGUCAUUGCAGUUCAUCUCUAUGCUCUCUGGCCUAAACCCAUGGCAAGGUGAAUCUGUCCCAGACAAAAUCGGCACAGUGAGAUGCAAUUCAGCUACUUGCAUAGAACCUGGCCGCGAGUAUCUUGUUUGGGGUAGGUUGCCAAAGAACACACCUGUGUCCUUGGGAGCUACUGUGCUGACCCAGCCCACUUCCUCCCGUUCAGCUCCCAGAAAUAUCUUGGUUGCUAAAGUUGUGACAUCAUUGUGGGGUGAUA